UUUAUUAAAUGGGAACAUCUGCUCCAUCAUAUAUGAAUUCGACCUCUUUUUUCAAGACUUUUAAGAGUUAGUUUCGACCAAUAGAGAUAAAGGGCGAGAAUAAUGAUGGAUAAGUUUAUGUUUGCGAUGCGAAUUAAGAAAUGAUUAUUGAAUAUCCAAAUCGAAUCCUUGAUUAAGAAUCAGAUGAGUUAUGGCAUUAAACUUAAUCCAUGAUUUAACAUAUUUAAGCCCCCUAUAUUAUCAAUUAUUAUGGGAGUGCUGAAAGGUAAUCGUAAGAAAUGUGUUCAUCUUACUCAACUAUUUUCAGUUAUUAUGAGUAUGUUCCUCAUACUUUAGAUAAGUAAUUCAUUAUGUUUAAAAUAGAGAAAUCUAUGAGAGAAAAGAAAAUCGAGAAUCAUUCUCAGAAAAAGAAAUUUGGUAUUUGUUAUGGUGUUUGGUGUAGGCACUUUAUGAACUAAAACAAAAAGGUUAUAAUCAUAAAGAUUUAAGACCAUCAACAGUUGCUCUUAAACGACAUGGUACUAUUAAACUUAGUCCUAUUGGAGUUUUGUAAAAUUAAAAAAACUCAGUUGCUAGGUUCGUUGUAGAAAAUUAAUAAACUUACUUACCUCCUACAUUGAAAAAAUCACUCAUUAAUUAAUCAUAACCAUAAAUAAAUUGGAAUAAAAUUGAUUCAUUUGCUUUAGGACACAUAAUACUUGAUCUCAUGAUACUUGAUCUACCCGUUUUAAUAGAUAAUUAAUAAAUUGCAUAAUAAUAGAUGUUAUGUUACAAUCGUUUUUCAUAACACUUAAUUAGAAUAAUGGAGCAUCUUAUGUUAGAAACUGAUAAUUAACUUUUAAUCGAAGAUGUUUAUUUUUUAUUGAAACCAUAUUCAGAAAAAAUUAAUAAGUUGUAAGACUUUUAAUUAAAUUUUGAAGAUGUAAAAUAAUUAGCAAUUCCCUUAAAUAACAUUUCCAAACUCAAAUUAAAAUAAAUUAUUGAACAUUCAUACAAACAUUCAGAAAUUUUGUAUGAAUCCCAAUAAGUUGACAAUACUCAUUAUUAACCAUAAAUAAAAGUUAAUCACUAAUAAACAUAACAAUAAUAAUAACAACUGAUACCAUAAUAAUAUCAAUAAACUAAUAUUCUUCAACAUACUGCAGCAUAAAAUUAAUAGCCAGCAAUACAUUAAUAAAUUAUUUAAUAACCAGUUUAAUAACAAUAAUAAAUCCUGCCUUUUUAAUAACAACAAAAUAUUCUACAAUAAUAAUAAAUUACUCCUUAAUAAAAUGUAAUAAUUCAAAUACCCUCUCAAUAACAAUAGCCAAUGGUAUAAAGUCCAGAUUUAAGAAAAUCUGUUUCUCCUUAGCCUUAAUAAUUUGUGAAUUAAUAGCCACAACUACUAUAAAGGUUGUUAAUGUAAUCUUAAUAAAUUCCAUUACAACCUUAAAUUACACCAUAAAUCCCUCCACAAUAAUUAUAAUCACAGCCUGUAUCUACACCUAUAUCGCCAAUUAAUCCAAUCAAAACAACAUAAUAAUAUUACUAACCUUAAAUUGCUCCACCUCCUCCUAUUUAGCCAUAAUAAAAUAAUUAUACAGUUCCAUUACCUUUGUAAAAAACUCCACCUCUACAAUAAGUUCCACCACCUUUAUAAUAAGUGCCCCCACCUUUACAAUAAGUCCCACCACCUUUGUAAUAAGUUCCACCACCUUUGUAAUAAAUUCCACUGCCUUUGUAAUAAGCUCCAAUCCAAUAACCUGUAAUUUAAUAAUCUGCACCUGUGCAAAUGCCAAUUAUUUAUUUGAAUAGACCACCUUCUACAAAUAAUUAUAAUUAAACACCUCCAGGCUAAAAAAUUCCUGUAUAAUUAGCAUAAACAGUUUAUCCAAUUGUAUUUGUGUUUUUAUUCUAAAUUUUAGAAUGGCUAAUUUGAUAGAGAGAUUACAGUUUUAGAGUAUAAACCUCAAGGAAAUCAACCAUUGAAAGCUUCUAAUUAAGUUCUGAAGCCAUAAUAAAAAUAUUCCUCACCAUAAACAAGAUAAGUAAAAUGAAUGAUUUUUAUCUUAGUCUAAUAAUUUUGAUAGAAUUCGUAAUGUAAUUUAAGAUUCAGAUGAACUGUUGUAAUAAUAACAUAAGUGAAUAAACUUAACAUUAUAUUUAUUAAGUAGA